GAGCGCGCGCGCCGCCUCGAGGCCGCCCCGCAGCUGCCGGCCGUGGAGUUCGCUGAUGGCUUUCGCCCAGGGGCUCGAGGCGCCGUGUGCCGCUGUCGCCAUAGAGGCCUCCGUCCGCUCCUGGUCAUGAAAGGAGCCAGAGCUCUGAAGCAAAGAAAUCUGGAUCACAGAGCAUUCAGUGGUCAUGCAAGCCAAUUACAACCAACUGCACAGUCCUCUAGGAGCUGCAGGUGGUGAGGAUGCCCCAGCCUCCCAGUGCAUCCAUACAAGAUUGACAGGCGAAGGUUCUUGUCUUCAUUCUGGAGAUGUUCAUAUCCAGAUGAACUCCAUACCUAAAGAAUGUGCUGGAAAUCCAAGCUCCAGAAAUGCAAGAUCAGGUACCCAUAGCUGUACCCAUGGCUGUGUACAUGGUCGCUUCCGGAGUCACUCACACAGUGAAGCAAGACAGCCUGAGGAUCCUGCCAUGGAAUCUGGAGAACAGGGAAGUAGCUCCUUCUCAGAAUUCCGCUAUCUCUUCAAGUGGUUGCAAAAAAGUCUUCCGUAUAUUUUGAUUCUGGGUAUCAAACUUGUUAUGCAGCAUAUAACAGGGAUUUCUCUUGGAAUUGGGCUGCUAACAACUUUUAUGUAUGCAAACAAAAGCAUUGUAAACCAGGUUUUUCUAAGAGAAAGGUCCUCAAAGAUUCAGUGUGCUUGGCUACUGGUAUUCUUAGCAGGAUCUUCUGUUCUUUUAUAUUAUACCUUUCAUUCUCAGUCACUUUAUUACAGCUUAAUUUUUUUAAAUCCUACUUUGGACAAUUUGAGCUUCUGGGAAGUACUUUGGAUUGUUGGAAUUACAGACUUCAUUCUGAAAUUUCUCUUCAUGGGCUUUAAAUGCCUUAUUUUACUGGUGCCUUCUUUCAUCAUGCCUUUUAAAUCCAAGGGUUACUGGUACAUGCUUUUAGAAGAAUUAUGUCAGUAUUAUCGAACUUUUGUUCCCAUACCAGUUUGGUUUCGUUACCUUGUAAGCUAUGGGGAGUUUGAUAAUGUAACUAGAUGGAGUCUUGGGAUACUGCUGGCUUUAUUCUACCUCAUUCUAAAACUUUUGGACUUUUUUGGACAUAUGAGAACUUUCAGACAGGUUUUGAGAAUAUUUUUUACACGACCAAGUUACGGAGUGGCUGCCAGCAAGAGGCAGUGUUCAGAUGCGGAUGAUAUCUGUUCAAUAUGUCAAGCUGAAUUUCAGAAACCAAUUCUUCUCAUCUGCCAGCAUAUAUUUUGUGAAGAGUGCAUUACUUUAUGGUUUAACAGAGAGAAAACCUGCCCACUAUGCAGAACAGUAAUUUCAGACCAUAUAAACAAGUGGAAAGAUGGAGCUACUUCGUCACACCUUCAAAUAUAUUAAGUUGUGCAAACUAUUAAGGCCACAAAACACUAAUUUCAUUUGGUUACACUGACUAUGAUAAAGGUAUUAGGAUGGCUUUUCAGGGUUGUAAGAAAAGUGUUUCCAAAUGGUUUUAGAAUUGUAUGAUAAGACUUAAUAUGUUUGGUCCAAUUUAUCAAAAAGAUUAAAUGAAAGAAUCCUGUUUUAAAAAUAUAUUAUUAUUCAGUCUAAUGAAUAUGCAACCUUUAUUCUGUCCUAAUUAUUGGGCAGGUGAUUGCAGUGUUAAAUUGUAAAUUUAUUUUUAAAUGUGUUUUUCUCAUAUUACCAAGACACCAAUUGGAAACUAGAAUUAGUGGUCUUAGAGGAAUUCAUAUAUUUUUUCAGACAUUGUUUUUCAAACUAAAAUAUUUUUUGUAAUAUUUUAAGGUACCUGUUACCUGAAAGUAGAAUUUUCUUCAGCACCGACUUUUGUAAUUCCCAUUCUAAAACUUCUUAAAAUUUCCAUAAAAUUUGUAUUUUAAAUGAAAGUUCUAAAUGCUAUAUUUUGCCUGUAACAAUCAGAUUUUCUAAGAUUAAUUUACCGAGGAUGAUAUAUUUUAAUAUUGGAUUUUCUGUAGUAUGAUUAAUAAUCAAUGAUAAUAAAUAAUUUAAAAUCA